ACGAUACGUACCGUAUAUAUACGGUAUACCGAUACACCGUUAUUUACCAUUUGCCCACGUGUGUACAAAAAAUCGAUCCCGAUAGAGCAGCUGUCAUUGAGGGAAGGGCUUUAUACAGUUGAACGGAUUAAAACGUAAGAAUGGAUGCUAGUCUCACCUCAAAAGAUAUUCGUCAGAUCUUCAUUGACUACCAUGUGAAACUGAAUGAUCUCCCUCAUGACUUUUGGAGGUCAUCUUCUGUCAUCCCUCUGGAUGAUCCAACCCUUCUCUUCGCCAAUGCGGGUAUGAAUCAGUUCAAGCCAAUCUUCCAAGGGACAGUAGACCCUAACAGUGACCUUGGGAGGUUGGCCCGUGCUGUCAACAGUCAGAAGUGCAUCCGUGCUGGUGGCAAGCACAAUGACCUUGAUGAUGUGGGCAAAGAUGUCUACCAUCAUACAUUCUUUGAGAUGUUGGGCACCUGGUCAUUCGGCGACUACUUCAAGAAAGAGUCUUGUGAAAUGUCUUGGAAGCUGCUAACUGAGGUCUACAAGCUCCCUGCUGAGAGGAUGUAUAUCACAUACUUUGGAGGAGAUGCCAAGGCAGGGCUUGAACCAGACAUGGAAUGCAAGCAGAUCUGGCUUGAUCUUGGGAUCCCUGAAGAGCGUGUGAUGCCGUUUGGCAUGAAGGAUAACUUCUGGGAGAUGGGAGAAGUAGGGCCAUGUGGGCCGUGUACCGAGAUCCACUUUGAUCGUAUUGGGGAUCGUGAUGCCCGAGCCAUGGUCAAUAUGGAUGUGCCUGACGUGCUGGAGAUCUGGAACCUUGUAUUCACGCAGUUCAACAGAGAGACAGAUGGCUCACUGAAGGUUCUACCUAAGAAGUGUGUUGACACUGGAAUGGGUUUGGAGAGGAUAACAUCAGUCAUACAGGGAAAGUCGUCUAACUAUGACACUGAUCUUUUCAAGCCUAUCUUUGAUGCCAUUCAUAAGGCAACUGGUGUCCGUGAGUACACGGGACAUGUUGGAGCAGAGGAUGUAGAUGGUAUUGACAUGGCAUACAGGGUUGUAGCUGAUCAUAUCCGUACAUUGACCAUUGCUCUCUCAGAUGGGGGCAGACCAGAUAAUGUUGGAAGAGGUUAUGUUUUAAGAAGAAUCCUGCGUCGUGCUGUUCGCUUCGCCACAGAAAAGCUGAAUGCCAAGCAAGGACUCUUUGCUUCUCUUGUCACAAUUGUUCAAGAUAUAUUGGGCGAAGCAUUCCCUGAGGUCAUGAAAGAUCCUCAGAUGGUGAUGGAUGUCCUGAAUGAGGAAGAGGCUCAGUUUCUCAAGACCCUCAAUAGAGGGCGCCGUGUACUGGAGAAGACCAUCUCUCGACUUGGCCCUGAUUGCAAAGUCCUACCAGGUCAAGCAGCAUGGCUACUGUAUGACACCUAUGGGUUUCCUGUGGAUCUGACCGGUCUCAUGGUAGAAGAGAAAGGGAUGUCUGUUGACUGUGCAGCGUAUGAAGAGGCCAAGAAGAAAGCCCAGUUACUAUCACAAGGAAAGGGCUCAGGUGUGGAUGAUACCAUCGGCCUUGAUGUCCAUUCUAUCAAUGAAUUACAAGAGAAGAGGAAGGUGCCUCCAACCAAUGACUCCUUUAAAUACAAGUACGAGAGCAACGAUGGCUCAUACACUUUUGAGUCAACGGUAGGCACAGUGAUAGCUCUAAGGAAGGAUAGGCAGUUUGUUGAGGAGGUCAGCCAUGGGGAAGACUGUGGAGUACUCCUAGACCAAACAUGCUUCUAUGCAGAGUCUGGUGGUCAGAUCUAUGAUGAAGGCUUCAUGGAGAAAGAAGGAGACACGGAUGUAGAGUUCCGGGUAACCAAUGUCCAAGUGAAAGGAGGCUACUGUCUUCACAUUGGAAAGGUAUCAGCCGUCGGAGACACAACUAAAAUCAGAGUUGGAGAUAAGCUGAAUCUCUACAUUGAUGAGGUGAGAAGAAGGCCGGUGAUGAGCAACCACACUGGGACUCAUGUCUUGAACUUCGCCCUCCGCAAGGUGCUAGGUGAGGCAGACCAGCGAGGAUCACUUGUGGCACCAGACAGGCUCCGAUUUGAUUUCAGUGCUAAGGGAGCUAUGAAUACAGCUCAGAUCAAAGAGGCUGAAGAGAUCGCCAAUCAGGUCAUAUCAAAGAAGGAAACCGUCUAUGCUAGGGUCACACCUCUCGUUGAAGCCAAGGCCAUCCAAGGGUUACGUGCUAUAUUUGAUGAGACCUAUCCCGAUCCAGUCCGAGUCCUGUCUGUGGGUAUACCAGUCAAAGAUUUGACCGCUGAUCCUGCAGGGCCCGGUGGGACCAUCACAUCGGUGGAGUUCUGUGGUGGAACCCAUGUCCGCAAUGCUGGUGACAUAGGAACAUUUGUUAUAACAUCUGAGGAAGCCAUAGCGAAAGGAAUCCGAAGGAUAGUGGCCAUCACUGGACAAGAUGCUGAUAAGGCAAAUGUUCGUGCAGAAGGCCUAGAAAAGCAGGUAGAAGCUCUCGCUGCCAAGAUCCAAGAUAAAGAAGCUAGAUUGACUCAGAAAAUACUCUCAAAGGCUGUUUAUGAGCUUGGAAAUGAUCUGAAUGUAGCGAUAGUUCCCCAGUGGAGGAAAGAUACAAUGCGCAACCGACUGAAAGAGCUCAAGAAGUGCCUUGAUGAUAUGGAUAAAGCAAAGAAAGCUGAGAUGCUACAGAAUGCCAAGGAGAAAGCGAAGGAGCUGAUUGCCAGCAACCCUGACAUCCCGUUCCUUGUGGCACGACUAGAGGCUGGCUCCAACAGCAAAGCCUUGGAUGCUGCACUCAAGGAAUUCAAGAGCAAGUCCCCCAAGACCUCCGCCAUGCUUGUCAGCGUGGAUCAGGAAGCCAGCAAGAUCCUAUGCCUGGCCCAAGUUCCCAAGGAUGCAGUGAGCAAGGGACUAAAGGCCAACGAAUGGGUGCAGGAAGUGGCAGGCAUCAUGGGAGGAAAGGGCGGAGGUCGCGACGUGUCAGCACAGGCCACGGGAGAUCAAACGGGAGUUGUUGACAAAGUUUUAGAGAUGGCACAAAAGUUUGCCCAACUUAAAUUAGGCAGUUAAAGCUGACUGAUAUUACGCUUUAUAUUCUUUGUCUAUCAUGUUAUUUGUAAAAGACCAAGUUUAUUAUUACGUGAAAGUGCUGGUAUAGAUAUAUUAAUGAAAAUAUCGUGAUGACAUGUUUUCCUGUUCGCCUCAUUAGGCUUUUGAAUAUCUCGGUAAAUCAUGAAUUCUUGCAAUUUGGUAUAUUUCAUAACUUUAUAGCUUUAUUUUGAAGACAACCACAUCAUUUGAACAGUCCUUUUUGAACUACGAAUUCCAGGGAUUUUUCAUAACAUAUCAUGGCAUUGGUUAGGUUGUGCUCAGACGGAGCAGAUGACUGCAUAUUCAUCAAGAAGAUUAUACACAAAUUGUCAUACUUUGUGCAGCGGUUCUUAAACUUGACUUUUUUAGUUAGACUUAAUUGGUGAAACACCCCCUUUUAAUAUCUGCAAUGUGCGACCUGAAAUAUGAAACCUCUCUGGAUUUGAUUUUCAGCACUUGCAAUCGGUAGAGGAUUGGUUAACAAUUUUAUGCUUAAAAUGAAGUACCGGUGUAUGGAAUGCACAAGAACUUACCAUAGAGUUCUGUUAUGUAUCCUAUAUAGAUGUUCUUUAAAGGGAAUGUCUUUCAAUGUUCUAAGCUUGAUGCUUUUGCACUAGCCACCAUGUUGCUCUUACCACAAAAGGCCAUGUUUAACUGGCUCAAAUACAUAUAGAUCUGUAAGAAAAAAAAUUAGUAUAUUUUGGACCUGGAUGAUAUGAUACGUGGAAGUAUAUGGGACCAAAAUCCCAGAAUAAUUCAUAGAAUGUAAAAUGCAUAAUAAGUCUAUUUAUGCUUGCAGUUUCAGGAGUAUACCGUAUUAAGAUUUUUUUUUUGCCAUUAAAAUCAAGAAUUUUAGAAACUCGUAGCUUAUACUUUCGGGUAUGACAUAAAGAUCUACUUUUAUUAUACAGCCCAAGACUUCACAAUAGACUACAGCAUAUUCCAUGAAUAAUGACACAUACAAAAAAUACAUAUAUUCUGUUAUCCAUUCUCCUUCAUUGCCAGUGAAAGGAUGUAAAGCUGUAGGUCCCUUUGUCCCGAAUAUGCAAGUGCAUGUAUGUUUCUCCCAAUAUUGAGAUAUGCCAUUAUGCACUGGAAGAAGUGUGCAUCAUGGAUCAGAAAGAAAAAAACUGGUUCAAAACCAAAUAUUUCAUUUUAAUUUCAUGCUUAUUUUAUGUUCAUUUCAAUUUUGUUCAUUUCCUUUCUUUUUCAAUGUAAUUGACAUAUUGUUCUUCAGCCAAACCGAUUUGGUUCUCUUAUUUAAGUUAACUUGAAAUGUAUAAUAGAGAAAGAUAUUCAAGUUUGUGUGAAUUUAUUGAAAACAUCUUGCUGUCUGUGUAUGGAUAACUUAUUCUUAUUAUCAUAUUUAUGCAAUGUAACCACAUCUGACUUUUGAAGCAUGCAUUACAAGAAAUUUUUAAUAAAAAAUGGGAUCUGGAAAGAAACAAGAUGUGGAUCUCAGAUGAUUUUAUUGUUUUAUCUUGCAACAGAGUAAAGUGUUAUUUUUCUUUGGAUUUGUUUGGUAUCAUUUCAGUGUAUUACCCAUUGCAAAACUAGUCAAUCAGUUGCCAUGUCUUUUAAAACAAAUAUGAAUGAGCAGCCUUUAGAGCACCACCUCAGGUCCUCAAUUACUCAAAUCUGGCCAGGUUCAUUACCCAUAAUGCACCAUUCUGUGCAAUGUAGUCUAGUAACGUAGACCCGCUUGAA